UAGAGAGAAGUCGUGUGACGCUAUUUUUGGUGCUACCCGCUUAGACUUCUAUUUUCGUCUUCUUCAGGGGCUGGACAUACCAAGUUGCUUGCGAUAACUAAUUAUUUCUCCCUCACUUGUAGCCUACUGACGAAUCUCAUCCUUGGCCACCGGUCUCUUUCCCUGUAUGUUACUCGACAGUCAUUUCACAAAUAGGCUUCACAGGACUAGUAACAGACGACAUUGGCUUUUUGGAGGAAUAUUUAUAAUGUGGAUUUAGAACCUGUUGCGUUGUUGUGACAUUCUUACAAGAUGGAAUCACGGCGUCGGGACCUACGGUAGACAAAGCCCGACGGGACAGCUUUUUAUCAAGUGUCAGAGUCCUCGGUGUCGGCGCCCCUGGGGUCAGUCCCCAUGGACCUGCGUGUGACGGAGCGUGUGAUGCGGCCGGGUUCGGACACAGCCCUGCUGACCCCCCUGCACCCUCCGCUGCUCCUCAGCCCCUUCUCCCCCCAGCCCUGCACCCCUUUCUCGCAGCAGCAGCUGCACCAGCACAUACGGUUCAACAUGGAACAACGGAGACGUGAGCAGGAGCAGGAGAAACAGCAAGAGCUGCAGCAGCUGUGGCACAAGGACAAGAGCCAACAGAGUGCUGUGGCCAGUUCCCUGGUGAAGCAGAAACUCCAGGAGGUGAUUCUGAAGAAGCAAAAACAACAAGCCCUGGGAAGAACCAGCUCCAACCCUCUCAGUGGUCCCCCUGUGGGCUACAGGGAGCUGGCUCCAGACCCCAGUGGGCCGCCCCAGCCUCAGCUGUCCUCCCCCGCACAGGGUUCCAGCGACGGCUCAGAUGACACUCCUCUACGCAGGGCAGCCUCAGAGCCCAACCUGAAGGUGAAACACAAGCUGAAGAAACACCUGAACACUCGUAAGAGUCCUCUGACACGCAAGGACAGUGCCCCGUCCCCCAUCAAACACCGGGUGCCCGACACUCUGGACUCGUCCCCCAGCAGCAGUAGCACACCAGUGUCUGGCUGCAGCUCGCCUAACGACAGUCUACCCAAUGAGAACGGAGUGCUGCAAUCUGUUGGCGGGCUGUCCCAUGAGGUUAUUAUCCGAUUGGCCCAGAGACUGCUGCUCCAGGAUGGGUCUCUAGCCCACUUCACCGUCCAGAGUUCCUCAGUCCUACCCACCAUCACCCUGGGCCUGCCAGCCAAUGCCAGGAGUGAUGGAGACUUGUCCCCUCUGAAGGUGGGUCGGGUGCCUAUGGUGACGGGAGGCCAGUCUGUCUACCUUCCCCUGGGGACGGAGGAGCAGAGUGGGUCGCUGUCCCCUCACUUCCAGCCUGUCCUCAUCCUGGAGCCCUCCAGACUGGUGCACGCCCCAAUGCUCGCUGUUCCAGGCCUGGGCCCUGUUCCUCUGCAGUUUUCCCCCCAGAUGGAUCAUCUGGCCCCGGAAGGGGGCCCUCACAAGCCUCUGAGCCGGACUCGCUCAGAGCCCCUGCCCCAGAGCCCCAGAUCCCUUCACCCCCAUCUGCUGCAGCAGCACCACAACAGCCAACUAUUGGAGAGACUUAAACAGCAGACACAUCUGGGAAAGCUGAUGUCUAAGACCAGUGAGAAGCCUCGUCUCAAACAGAUCCCCUCAGAGGACAUGGACUCUGAGGAGGUGGGGCCAGCGCCCAGCGAUAUCUAUCAGGGCAGAGCAAGGGCGGAGUCACUGAGGGAGGCGGAGCUUGUGUCUGCGGCAGACAGCCAGGGAGGACAGAUCAACCUGCAACACACACUCAUACUCAACCAGUCGUUGCUAUGGGAGAAACAGAAACAGCUGCAGCAGCUGCGUCGCCAGACAGCCCACAUGGAGACACUGGCGGUACCCAUUAUGCUUGGCGGUGCCCACCGCCCCCUCUCCCGUACCCAGUCCUCGCCAGCCUCCACAUCCCUCACGUUGCCAGACAAACCCCUACCCCUGUCCACCCCAGAACCACGCUUCACCACCGGUCUGGUUUAUGACUCUCAGAUGCUGAAGCACCAGUGCACAUGUGGUGACAACAGCAGCCACCCAGAGCAUGCUGGGAGGAUCCAGAGUAUCUGGUCACGUCUCCAGGAGAGAGGUCUCAGGGGCCAGUGUGAGACUAUCCGAGGUAGGAAGGCCACUCUGGAGGAGCUGCAGUCGGUCCAUUCAGAGCGUCAUGUCCUUCUGUAUGGCACCAACCCUCUCAACCGCCUCAAACUGGACAACCGCAAGCUGUCCGGCAUUCUCUCUCAAAGGAUGUUUGUGAUGCUGCCAUGUGGAGGAGUAGGGGUGGAUAAUGACACAAUCUGGAACGAGUCUCAUACAUCCACGGCGUCGCGCAUGGCUGCAGGCAGCGUCACAGAGCUGGCCUUCAGAGUGGCCAAAGGAGAACUCAAGAAUGGCUUUGCAGUGGUGAGACCCCCAGGCCACCAUGCUGACCCCUCCAACCCAAUGGGUUUCUGCUAUUUCAACUCAGUGGCCAUUGCAGCCAAACAGCUGCAACAGAAACUGAGUGCCAACAAGAUCCUCAUCGUUGACUGGGAUGUUCACCAUGGUAAUGGGACCCAGGAAGUGUUUUACAAUGAUCCCAGUGUGCUGUAUAUCUCACUGCAUCGCUAUGACGAUGGCAACUUCUUCCCUGGAAGCGGCGGGCCGGCUGAGGUGGGAUCUGGUGCUGGAGAGGGCUUCAAUGUUAAUGUGGCCUGGACUGGAGGUCUGGACCCCCCUAUGAGUGAUGCUGAGUACAUCACUGCUUUUAGGACGGUGGUGAUGCCCAUAGCUCAGGAGUUCUCCCCUGACGUGGUCCUGGUCUCCUCAGGGUUUGAUGCAGCAGAGGGACACCCUGCACCUCUAGGGGGUUACAAGGUCACCUCCAGAUGUUUUGGGUUUCUUACCCGGCAGCUGAUGGGUCUGGCUGGAGGCCGGGUGAUCAUGGCUCUGGAGGGAGGUCACGACCUCACGGCCAUCUGUGACGCCUCUGAGGCCUGCGUCAGCGCUCUGCUGGGUAUUGAGGAGCCUCUGUCAGAGGAGGUGCUGCUGCAGAAGCCCAAUGCUAACAGUGUUCGCUCGCUACUGAGAGUCAUACAGAUACAUGGUCAGUAUUGGCAGUCCCUGAAGCUGUUCAGUAGCUCUGUGGGACUGUCCUACCUGGGUGCUCAGAGGAGAGACUGUGAGGAGACUGAUGCUGUCAAUGCUCUGGCCUCUCUGUCUGUGGGGGUCCUGACCAGCAGGAGCCACCCAGACGAGCCUAUGGAGCAAGAUGAGGACUCCAUGUAGAAGAUGCUGACCUUUAACCUCACAGACCUCUCCUUCAGGACAUCCCAAUAGCCUCGGAGAUCCUUCCCUGUCAUACGACGAGGGGGAGGAGUGUAGAUUGUGGAUCUCUGCCUUAACCAAUGAGGCCCUAAAAUCACACAGUGCCUCAAAGACCACCGUCCAUUCUCCUCAGACUAUAUGCAGCGCACCUUAACACAGUGAAGAAUGAACUCAACACAGUGGAACUCAUGUAGCCUUCUGACACCACACCAAAGCCCUGUCAGUGUAUAUGUGAGAUAAAAGAUAUUCUCAUACAACUGAUUAUUAAACUAACUCUGUCCAUGGUCAGCAAUACAGAAUCAUUUAUAUUGUGUGUAUUCAGAAGGAUACCGUGAUAUUGACAACUUUUUGGCCUUUUCAAAACUUUUUUUUUUAAAGUACAGACAUAAUAGGUCUUACUGAGGCACUUACAGUAAAGCAAUACUAGCACCAGGUCUGUGGGUGUCUCUUGUUGUGUCAGUGAGCAGAGCAAACACCAGUCAGUGGCCCUGGAGAGAGAGAGAGAGACGGAGACCGGCCAGCACCUGGCAACUGCUGAAUGGCUCAGUCAAUCCUUGAUGAUGUCAUUAGUAUUCAGUUUAACCACUAAAGAAGAAAAUUAAGAUGUGGUUUUAUCUGUUUUUGCACUGUGCAUUCCAUAAUGUGAACCGUUGAAAAUUACAAACGUCGAGGGGGGGGGGAGGCUCUAGAUGAUUUAAUUAUCUGUUCAACUUUGAGGAUUGGAAGAUAUAUUUCUCCUCUGAAAUCCACUCACAUUCUAAGAAGACUCAUGCAUGUAUACAAAAAUGUGUAUUUCUAAGUGCAUUUGCAAAAACUUCCUGAUUGUAUUCUGAUUAUUCCACUGCUGUUCUUAGACAUGUCUUUAUACAUUGUUCACCUGGACACAUGUCUUUAUACAUUGUUCACCUGGACACAUGUCUUUAUACAUUGUUCACCUGGACACAUGUCUUUAUACAUUGUUCACCUGGACACAUGUCUUUGUACAUUGUUCACAUGGACACAUGUCUUUAUACAUUGUUCACCUGGACACAUGUCUUUAUACAUUGUUCACCUGGACACAUGUCUUUAUACAUUGUUCACCUGGACACAUGUCUUUAUACAUUGUUUGCAUAGACACACACACACAGUCAGAAAUGCAUUUCAUUCGCACACGAUUUCCCUUUAUGUCUUACUGACAUGAUGAGGACCAAACUGAAAUAAAUAAACCAAUUUAUCUUAUGAAGAGCUGAAGACCUACCACUGUUUAGGAGGAAAUUCAACAUGUAUGUUCAUUCCUACGGUAGUUACCAUUGAGGGCUAUUAGUAGUUUUAUUAUGCUAGUCAAAUGCUCUAAUGCACUUAAUGGACAUCUCCCAAAGAAAUGUGUCUUAAAUAUGUCUGCAGUGUGACCGUAUUACUGCAGUUGGACCAGUGAGGUUACUGUGUUAAGUUGAUGUUUGUUUUUUCAGGACCACCAUUUUGACCUGUAGACAUGCCUAUUUUAUUGUGUACAUUAAUUUCACAGUUCAGUUGCCUUGUUAUUAUCCACAAGCAGUUAUAUCAAGUAGAGCUCAAUGCGGCUGGUUAUAUCAAGUAGAGCUCAAUACGGUUGGUUAUAUCAAGUAGAGCUCAAUACUGUUGGUUAUAUCAAGUAGAGCUCAAUGCGGCUGGUUAUAUCAAGUAGAGCUCAACACGGCUGGUUAUAUCAAGUAGAGCUCAAUACUGUUGGUUAUAUCAAGUAGAGCUCAAUACGGCUGGUUAUAUCAAGUAGAGCUCAAUACGGUUGGUUAUAUCAAGUAGAGCUCAAUACGGUUGGUUAUAUCAAGUAGAGGUCAAUGCGGCUGGUUAUAUCAAGUAGAGCUCAAUACGGUUGGUUAUAUCAAGUAGAGCUCAAUAAGGCUGGUUAUAUCAAGUAGAGCUCAAUACGGCUGGUUAUAUCAAGUAGAGCUCAAUACGGUUGGUUAUAUCAAGUAGAGCUCAAUACUGUUGGUUAUAUCAAGUAAAGCUCAAUGCGGCUGGUUAUAUCAAGUAGAGCUCAAUACGGCUGGUUAUAUCAAGUAGAGCUCAAUACUGUUGGUUAUAUCAAGUAGAGCUCAAUACGGCUGGUUAUAUCAAGUAGAGCUCAAUACGGUUGGUUAUAUCAAGUAGAGCUCAAUACGGUUGGUUAUAUCAAGUAGAGCUCAAUGCGGCUGGUUAUAUCAAGUAGAGCUCAAUACGGUUGGUUAUAUCAAGUAGAGCUCAAUAAGGCUGGUUAUAUCAAGUAGAGCUCAAUACGGCUGGUUAUAUCAAGUAGAGCUCAAUACGGUUGGUUAUAUCAAGUAGAGCUCAAUACGGUUGGUUAUAUCAAGUAGAGCUCAAUACGGUUGGUUAUAUCAAGUAGAGCUCAAUACGGUUGGUUAUAUCAAGUAGAGCUCAAUACGGUUGGUUAUAUCAAGUAGAGCUCAAUACUGUUGGUUAUAUCAAGUAGAGCUCAAUACGGCUGGUUAUAUCAAGUAGAGCUCAAUACGGUUGGUUAUAUCAAGUAGAGCUCAAUACGGCUGGUUAUAUCAAGUAGAGCUCAAUACGGCUGGUUAUAUCAAGUAGAGCUCAAUACGGUUGGUUAUAUCAAGUAGAGCUCAAUACGGUUGGUUAUAUCAAGUAGAGCUCAAUACGGCUGGUUAUAUCAAGUAGAGCUCAAUACGGUUGGUUAUAUCAAGUAGAGCUCAAUACGGUUGGUUAUAUCAAGUAGAGCUCAAUACGGUUGGUUAUAUCAAAUAGAGCUGAAUACAGUUGGUUAUAUCAAAUAGAGCUGAAUACGGUUGGUUUGGUGUGUUAUUCUAUGUGAAAACCUUCUUUAUGGACCAUCCAACAGACUAUUACUGUUAGCACUAUGGAGAUGUAGCUUUAUGAUGGUGUAUACUUCUCCUAUAGACCUUGUGGAGAGAGUCCAUCUCCACUCAAAUGUAUGAUACAGUACUUGACAUCAUGCUGAUUAUUCAUUUUCAGAUGUACUGUACCUAUACACAUCCACGCUAAACCUGCUCCAAACUGAAACUAGUUUGUGAGAAUUCCUCAAGUCUAUUUUGUGUGUUCAUGAAAUGACAUCCAAUGUAGAUAUUUUUUGUUGUGAGUUGAAAUGUUUACCACAUUCCAGUUUCCACAGUUCCAUUUUCUACAUUCAUUCUAGAUGUUAUGUAGUUUGUCUUAAUGGGCAUUUCAUCUAGAUUGCGCUCAUUGUUGGAAGCUAUUCGGUGAAUGAAAAGAAACUGUCCACCAUCAAAUUCAGAAGACAUAUUUAUGAAAUGUGUUUUCACAAGAUUCACAAUAUUAUUUUGUAUAUGACCCCAUACCUCUGGAGUGUGGCUGAAUGUUUAAAUGUAUCAUACGCUCUCUAUUACUGCGUAUUAUUGUGUGUUCCAUAUUGAAGAAGUCAUGUUCUUUUUUAUACAAAAUCGAAGAGAGUGACAGAGAGAGAGAGAGCAUCCACUUCUGUCUAAAACAAUAUUUACAAGGCACCUUUUGAAAGGGACAUGCUCUCUGUGCUGGUGCUCCGACUGGUGAUACACAUCAAUGUUGUCUUAACAAGACAUUCUUCUCUAACCUCAGCUGCAUCCUCACCCCUAGUUGGCAUUGAGAGAGAGAGAAUGGUAACCAUGCUAACAAGUCCUUUAGCCCUUUCCUCUUAUACUCUGUACCAACCACUGUGGAUAGCUAUGUGUGUCUAGGAGACCAUGUAUGUGCAAGAAGGUCAUAACUAUUGCCAGUUUUCAUUGUUCAUUAUUCUUUGUAUUAGCUAUAUGUUUUGUUUUCAAGACUCUGGGCAAUGUUUGCCCAUAAGGUCGCCUCAAAGACUUAUAAAAUUAAAUAGAAUCAGCCACCAUCAUUCAAACGCUCUUAGAACUGACAGUGACUGUGUGGUGUCUGUCACUUAGAACUGACAGUGACUGUGUGGUGUCUGUCACUUAGAACUGACAGUGACUGUGUUGUGUCUGUCUCUUAGAACUGACAGUGACUGUGUUGUCUGUCUCUUAGAACUGACGGUUUCUGUGUUGUCUGUCUCUUAUAACUGACAGUGACUGUGUUGUCUGUCUCUUAGA